UCCCCUCCCACCCAACAUGGCGGCGCACGCGGGGUCCCCACCCGGGCCGGGCAUGUCGCGACAGCGGCGACAAUCGUGGCCUCGCCUCGAUCCCGACACCGCCGAGUAUUUCCGGAGGGCUCUGGAGACGCUGGAGGAAGGGCUGAGCGAGGAGGAGCUCGCUCUCUUCACCCCCAACGUCCUCUCCGAACUCGCCCACCACCUCCCCGCCAUAGCCCUGCUUCAUUCUCAUUUCUUCACUCCUAAUUCCCAAUUCUUCCAAUUUUAUUGGUUUAAACUCCAUUUUUUUUUAUCUAACACCCACCCAGCGCUGCUGAGCCCGGCCUGUGCCAGCCUGUGCCUGCAGGGGGCGCUGGGGGCGCUGCGCCGCAGCCAAUCACCGUCCUGCGCCCGCUUCUGCCGCGCCCUCAUUGGCUGCCUCCGCCAGACCGGCCCCGCCCACCAGCACAGCCCUCUGCUGACGUCACUGCAGGACCCCGCCCACUCCCGCCUCCUGGAGGCGGCCAUGACGGCCCUGGACCCCCCGGGGCUCCGGGAGCUCUUCCGGGGUCACCUGCGGGGUCACCUGAGGGGCGUGGCCUCCCACCCCGUGGCCAAUCACGGCCUGCAGCGCCUCCUGGACCACGCCCCCGAGGACGUGGUGGAGGAGGUGCUGUCGGAGCUGGGCCCCGCCCUGGAGGAGCCGCUGGCCCGGGGCCACCCCGGGGUGGUGCUGGCCCUGCUGGGGGCGGCCCUGAGGCACCCCCGGCUCCAGGGGGAGGUGCUGCGCUGGCUCUUCCAGGCCUUGCGCUGCUGGGCCCCGCCCCACCACCCCCAUUGCCUCGCCGCCCUGGCCAAGCUCCGCCCCCUGGAGGGCGGGGCCAGCGCCGAGGGGGCGGAGCUUCAGCCGUCCCCCGCCGGUUCCCGCGCCCUGCAGCUGCUGCUGCGGUUCCGCUGCACAGGCCCCGCCCCCAUGGAGACAGGCCCCGCCCACAUCGACACAGGCCACGCCCCCAUGGAGACAGGCCCCGCCCACAUCGACACAGGCCACGCCCCCAUGGAGACAGGCCACGCCCAUAUCGACACAGGCCACGCCCCCAAUGGGACAGGCCACGCCCAUAUCGACACAGGCCACGCCCCCAAUGGGACAGGCCACGCCCUCAGUGGGACAGACCACGCCCCCAAUGCAAAAGGCCACGCCCACUCCACUCCAGGCCACGCCCCCCGCAAAAGGCGGAAAUUGAGAGGCCACGCCCCCAAUGAGACNGGCCCCGCCCCCUUCCCCGGCCCCGCCCCGGUCGCCGCGGCGCUGGCGGCGCUGUCGGGCGCGGCGCUGGCGGCGCUGGCGCGGGGCGGCCCCGGCAGCCGCCUCUGCGACGCCAUCUUGGGCUGCGGCGCGGCGCGGAAAUGGCUCCUCGGGAGGCUCCAGGGUCAGUGGGCCGGGCUGGCUCGGGACCGGUUUGGGAGCCGAGUGCUGGACACGGCCUGGGCCAGCGGCGACGCCCGGCAGCGAGCCCGGCUGGCCACCGAGCUGGCCCCUCACCUCCCGGCGCUGCUCCGGGACCCCUUCGGCCGCGGCGUCGCCCGGAAUUUUUCCCUGGAGCUUUUCCGGAGGGAUCGGCCGGGCUGGGAGCGGCUGCAGAGGGGGGCGGGGCCAAAGGGGCGUGGCCUGAGCCUCUGACCACGCCCCCAACCCUUCUGUCCCGCCCCUCAUUUGCAUAUUCAUAAUUAAACCAUUUAUUUUUGAUUUAUGGGGUUGUUUCUAUGGAAACGAGUGUGGCUUGUUAAGAAAUGGGCGUGGUUAUGUGUCAAAGGGGCGUGGCCUAAAUAUCUGACCACGCCCCCGCCUCUUUUUGUCCCACCCCUCAUUUGCAUAUUCAUAAUUAAACCAUUUAUUUUUGAUUUAUGGGGUUGUUUCUAUGGAAACGAGUGUGGCUUGUUGAUAAAUGGGCGUGGUUAUGUGUCAAAGGGGCGUGGCCUGAGCCUCUGACCACGCCCCCAACCCUUCUGUCCCACCUCUCAUUUGCAUAUACACAAUUAAACAUUUUAUUUUGGAUUGUCGGGGUUGUUUUUAUGGAAAUGGGCGUGGUUAUGUGUCAAAUGGGCGUGGUCUGAGUCUCUGACCACGCCCACACCUUUUCUGUCCCACCCCUCAUUUACAUAUUCAUAAUUAAACAUUUUAUUUUGCAUUAUCAGGGUUGUUUUUAUGGAAAUGGGCGUGGCUUGGUGGAAAUGGGCGUGGUUAAUUAACAAAUAGGCGUGGCCUAAAUCUCUGACCACACCUACAAACACUUCUGUCCCGCCCCUCAUUUGCAUAUUCAUAAUUAAAAGUUUUAUUCUUAA